GUGGCCUAUACAUAUUUUAUUCACAUGAAUUUAGUUAGUAUUCCAGCCAGACUGUUCAUCUAGACUGAGGCUAAUCCAUAUUUCCUAUAAACUGUUUUGGAACUAACUUACCUCUCCUAAAAAAAUUUCUGCAGCCUAAUGAAUGUCAUAUGACAAAGUAGUCCUAGAGGGGAAAUCCUAUACUGUGUGCUUCAUAGUGAUAUUUCUAUUGAUAACUUUUGUGGGAAAGCAGCCUCAUUAUAGCUGGAUCCUAGAUUAGUCCAGUGAAUUUUAAUAAGAAAUUACACUGUUGUAAACUCACCUCUUAGGCAUUGGUCAGUGAUGAGAUAUAUAUAUAGAUAGAUAGAUAGAUAGAUAGAUAGAUAGAUAGAUAGAUAGGUAAAAUUUGUCCAUAUAUAGCCAUUUAUUCAUCAUUGGCCCUGUUUGGCCCAUCCUCAGUGUGGCUGUGACAUUAUUAAUAACUGGUCACUGUCAGAUAAAUCACAUUCUAUUAGGAAACACCCACAUAGGUUAUGCAGAAACAUGCAGAAAUGCCACCUGUCCAUACUUACGUGGCUUUACAUAAACAAAAGACUGUCUUGUCUUUGUGGUGACUGAAUUUACAACAUCCUCCCCUGGAAAUGGAAAAGUACCUAUCUAGGAGAUGUAUGACAAAAGAAAUUAUCAAGCCUGACUUCAUAUAUAUUACGAACAGUCUAAGGGAAGCGUCUUUCUUAGAACAAAGAAGGUCUGCUGAACAGUGGCCACAUUCUGGACUUUCAUGAAAAUCAUGGACCCAGAGUUGGGGUUAAGCCACUUAGAAAAAGCUGUUGAAAACAUCUCAAAAGGCCACUGAACAAUUUUUAAAUUACACUUAACAUGCUAGGUAUCUAGUGCUUUUAGCAAUAUUAUCUAGGUCCCAGCUUCUUUGUGUCCUUCCCCCUUGCGAUCCUCUUUUUUUUUUUUUUUUGCUUUUUAAAAAAUAGUGACAGAGUCUUGCUGUAUGGCCCAGGCUGGUCUCCAACUCCUAGGCUCAAGCCAUCCUCCCACCUCGGUCUCCCAAGGUGCUAGGAUUACAGGCGUGAGCCACCCCACCCGGCCUAGGAUCCAUGUUUGCUUUUUAUCGUUAGGUUUUUUUUUUCUCAAUGAGUACAAUAUGACUUCUUGUUGUAACAGACAUUUUAAUCCCUAGGAAAGGCUGGAAGUAGAGAGCAAAAGGCUUUCUUUCAACUCAGUCUUUUAUUUGGGAAUCAAAUCUUUCCCAAAAAUCUCUAGCAGAUUUCUUCUUACAUCUCAUUAGAAAGUACCAGUUUACAAGGGAGCCUGGGAAAGCUUGGCAAAGGAGAAUAGGGUUAGCAUUGCCUAGGUAGGGCACAUUGCCUCCACUGAAGAAAUCAGGGCUUUUUUUUUUUUUUUUUUUUUUUUGAGACAGAGUCUCACUCUUGUCGCCCAGGCUGGAGUGCAGUGGCAAUCUUGGCGCAUUGCAACCUCUGCCUUCCGAGUUCAAGCAAUUCUCCUGCCUCAGCCUCCUGAGUAGCUGAGACUACAGGCGUGCACCAUCACACUCGGCUAAUUUUUGUAUUUUUAGUAGAGACGGGGUUUCACCAUUGUUGGCCAGGAUGGUCUCGAUCUCUUGAUCUCGUGAUCCUCCCGCCUUGGCCUCCCAAAGUGCUGGGAUUACCACCAUGCCCGACCUUUUUUUUUUUUUUUUUUUUUUGACGGAGUCUCGCUCUCUUGCCCAGGAUGGGGUGCAGUGGCAUGAUCUCGGCUUACUGCAACCUCCACCUCCUAGGUUCAAGCAAUUCUCCUGCCUCAGCCUCCCGAGUAGUGGGGAUUACAGGUGCCCGCCACCAUGCCUGGCUAAUUUUUGUGUUUUUAGUAGAGAUGGGGUUUCACCAUGUUGGCCAGGCUGGUCUUGAACUCCUGACCUCAGAUGAUCCACCUGCCCUGACCUCCGACAGUGCUGGGAUUACAGGCGUAGCCACCGUGCCCGACCAGGGCUCUUUUAGCAAGGAAAACGUGAGGAAUGAAUGGCUAUUGGUGUGCAACAAAUCAUACUUGCUAUGUGUUGUGAAACCUGAAGUUAUUGUUAGUCUGUAUGAAGAAUGUACCCCAGAGAUGCACCCUGUAUCUGCCUUAUGUCUCUUACAAUGGAGGUUCUCUCCUGUUAUAUUGCUGAAUAAACUAUGUGAACUGCUAAAUUGACUGAAGACUAGUUAGUUUAUCACUAACUCUUUAAUGAAGAAUUUCACUAUCCUACAACUGUUCCUAAAAUGUGAAAAUUUACUUUGAGAGAGUGCUUUUGAGAAUAGUAUUAUGAUCAGUAUUAUUGCCCCUAAAUUUUUUAAUUAUUAGAGAAUGCUUAUGUUACAAGGACAUAUACUAAGAAACAGUCUACAAAUGUGAAAAUUUAAAUAUCAGCAAAAUAGAGAAAAGGUUUUUGUUUUUGUUUUAGUCAAUAUCUCCAUUAAAUAGUAAGAUCAGAUUAAAAAGAUUUAUAUCGUUGAUUUCUCAAAUCAAUAACUAAGCAGUACCUGUGAGAGCUUAGGUGGGCGGAUCACGAGGUCAGGAGAUCGAGACCACGGUGAAACCCCGUCUCUACUAAAACUACAAAAAAUUAGCCGGGCGUGGUGGCGGGCGCCUGUAGUCCCAGCUACUCGGAGAGGCUGAGACGGGAGAAUGCCGUGAACCUGGGAGGCGGAGCUUGCAGUGAGCCGAGACUGCGCCACUGCACUCCAGCCUGGGCGACAGAGCGAGACUCCAUCUCAAAAAAAAAAAAAAAAAAAAAAAAAAAAAAUGGAGAUUUCUUGGUCUGCUUUAGAAAUUCUGACUCCUCAGAUUGCUUGUAGGGCCCAGGAAUCUGCAUAUUAUAAAUAACACCUCGUGCCGGGUGCCGUGGCAUGUACCUGUUAUCACGGCUACUUCAGAGGUUGAGGCAGCAGGAUCACUUGAGCCCAGGAGUUCAAGACCAGCCUGGGCAAGAUUAGUGAGACCACUGUCUCUUUCAAAAACAAAAACAACAACAAAAAAGAUAUAAAUAGUACCUUUGGAGAUUCUGAUGCAGGUGCUCUCUAGACCAUACUUUGAGAAAUGCUGUAGUAAUAUGUCCAUAGUGUUUACUUAUCUGGCUUAAAAGGAUAGGAGCAGAGUACUCAUAAUACUGCAAGAUAGUACCAUUUAUUUGGUAAUACUGGCAAUUUAAAAAGAGAUUUCAUGUCAGACUGAAGAUCACUGCUGAUAAUUUAGGUCAUAACUCAGCCACAUUUUUCUCAUUAAUUAAACUAAUCAGGAAUGUUUCAGUCUUCUUCACAGUUUUGUUCGGUGUCUUUAUAAACUAUGUGAAUAUAUGGGCAAGAAAAAUGAAUCAAAAAUGUUAAUUUUAAUAUUAAGAGGGUUACUUUGCCUUCAGACAUCACAUACCUGUUAUAUGAUAAGCUGUCAGAAAUCAACAUCAUGUAGUAGAGCUCAUAAAAUUGAGCAAAGGAGAAAAUUGAGGAAGCCUUUGAACAAAGCUUUUCACCUUAGGUCUUUCUAGUAUGUCUUCAUAUGGCUUAAAAUAUUGCAGGUUAUUCUAGAAUACUCCAUAGUUGAUAUGAAUAAUGAAUUUUAUUAAAAUAUAAAUGCUGUGUUGGUAAAAUUAAUUGUAAUGACAAAUGAUCUGGAGGGUUAUCCAGUGUUUUAAAUAGUGUGAGCUACACUCGUCUCUAUUUUUAUAGCGUGGAAGAGUUGGUAAUAUUGCUUAUAUGUUAUGGUAGCAUUUCUAAAAUGACCAUUAUAACUACUUCCUGUUAUUUUAUGGCAGACCUGGGAAUGAAAAGGUUAAUGGAAACAUGCAAGGGCAGACCGGAAAGAAAAUACAUCCACCAAAGAGGUGGCUGUUGGGGGAUGUGAGUGAGUGAGGCAAGAUUCAUCUCUGAGUUACAGGUGAAGGAAGCCCAGGCAAACAGGAAGGCAGAAAUGAGAUCAUGGAAUCCAAAGAAUAUGUGGCAGUCCACAUGUCAUAGCUGUCUGUAAAAGUGAGAUGAGCCACAGCCCUUUCAUCUCUCCAGUCUCCCUGGCAACCCUGAGUCUCCAUGGAAUUUUGGGGACACAGCUUGAAAAUUGCUUUUUAUAGAGGCAAAAUAAUGGCCUUGCAGCCAGCUGGGUUUGUAUUCUAAUUCUGACACUAUUAAAUGACCUUAGGCAUUUUAACCUCUCUGUAUCUAGUUUCUUCAUCUGUGAAAAAGGUUGUGUAAUAAUACCUACCUCAUACUGUUGUGAGGUUUAAGUGCAAUGACAUAUACCAAACAUAUGGCACAUACCAAAUCUUUAGGACGAGGAAAGAUGUAGGGCAAGAAAGCAAAAGCAGAAGUUAGAACUGGGGAAUAAGGUAGAGUCUUACUUGUUUUGUUUUUUUUUUUUUUUUUUUUUUGAGACGAGUCUCGUUCUGUCACCUAGGCUGGAGUGCAGUGGCGCCAUCAUGGCUCACUGCAGCCUUGACCUACUGGGCUCAAGUGAUCCUCCCACUUCAGCCCCCUAAGUAGCUGUUACUACAGGCUUGCACCACCACGCCCAGCUAAUUUUUUUAUUUUUUUAGAGAUGGAGUAUCGCCAUGUUGCCCAAGCUGGUCUUGAGCUCCUGGCCUCAAGCGAUCCGCUCACCUGGUCCUUCCAAAGUGCUGGGAUUAUAGGCAUGAGCCGCCAUGUCCACCGAGUCUUAGUUUUAGAACAGGGAUUAAAGCCAAUUGUUUGAACUGAUGGCUGAAUUAUUAUAAACUUAUUGGCUGGUGGCUCACUGUAAUUCCAGCACUUUGGGAGGCUGAGGCAGGAGGAUGGCUUGAGCCCAGAAGUUCAAAACAAGCCUGAGCAACAUAGUGAGACUCCCAACUCUACAAAAAAGUUUUAAAAAGAAAAAAAUUAGCUGGAUGUGGUGGUAUGUGCCUGUAGUCCCAGCUACUCAGGAGGCUGAGGUGGGAGGAUCACUUGAGCCUCAGUGAGCUAUGAGCUUGAGGCUGCAGUGAGCUAUGAUGGUACUACUGCCCUCCAGCCUGGGCAACAGAGUGAGGCCCUUUAUCUAAAAACAAAAACAAAAAACUUCUUAAAUCUCUCCUGAUGAAGGACAAGAUUGGUUUGGGGAUGAGGUUGAGCCUGUAGUAUAAGUCAAAUGGUCUUAAGUGUAAAGAUUAAAAGGCCUGGAGGGAUGGAUGACCCAAGGCAGAUUUUUGUCACAAUGUUUAGGCCCAUUUUAUAAUUUUAAUUAUGGUAGAUAUAAUUGCUGUAUGACUUAUAUCACCUGAGACUUUCCACAACACUGAAAUAAACAAAUUCCUGAAGUGGCAGGUCCUUGAAAAGGAAAAAGAAAAGAAAUAGAGAAAAGUAGAAGGAUAUGUACACAUUCACUCAGGUCAUAUAUGCUAGAGUCACAAUUCAAACCUAGAUUUAAGUGUUCCAGGGUCAGGGUGCUUGUGGUAUGCUUAAUACAAUCUUUUUAAAGUGUCAUGGUUAGGUCCCACAGCUAGACUACCUGAGUUCAAAUCCUAACUGCCCUCAGUAGUCACGUGUUCUUGGGUAACGUUCUUAACUUUUCUGUAUCUCAGUUUCUUCAUCUCUAAAAUAGUAGGAAUAUUAAUAGUCUACACCUCAUAAGAUUGUUGUGAAGAUUAAACAAGUUAAUAAAGUGCUGUGAAUGAUGCCUGGCACAAAGAAGGCACUCAAUAAAUAGUAGUUCUUAUGGUUGUUGUAUGCUUUAUAUGUUACUCGUUUUCAUAGCAGGAUUGUAACUACUUGUUUCAGGGCCAAGAUAUCGGUUUCUUUUUGCCCCUAGAGCCUAAAAUGUCAUCAUUCACUAGAAUAAAAUUGUGUUUAAAAAUAAAGAUAUAUAUUUAAUUCUACCCCAACUGUCAUACAUUUGUCAUGAUGGCAUUUAUAUCUAAACUACCAUCCUGGAAUGGCUGAUUCUUUUGUGCUCUUCUUGGCUGCUAAACUUCUAAUUUCCUUCUCCAUUUAAAAAAUGGUCUUAGUACUUCCUGAUACCUACCCUGCCUCCCCUCCCCAGGUUUUCCCCAGGUCACCAUCCCCUCCCCUCUUUUUCACUGGUCCCCAUGGCAAUGCUAGCAGUUUGCAGGAUGGAGUGGAGGAUGGGUAAGGUCCUUUUGCUCUCCCAGCUCUGAUUUUGUUCUCACGAGCAGCUUUUCUGUGUCCUGUCUCUUCCCAGCUGGUUGUGACAAAAUGUCUAGGAGGCCAUGGUGGAAGCGUACUCUGUAAUGUAAGGUCAUUGCAUGUAGGCUCAAAGAGUUUCCAUUACAGGUCUUUCCUUUUGAUACUUAAUUUUUUUACAGAGACUAGUUUAUUUUAUUACUCAUUUAAAAAGGCAGUAACUACAUCAAACAUAUAGAAAAGUGCAGAGAAUAAUAUAGUAAGACCUGUGCCCAGAUCUAAAAUAUAUGAACAUUUUAUCACAUUUACCUCAGAUGUUUUUAUUUUUUUAAGGAAACUUUAUGUGUACAGUUUACACCUUCUCUUAUUCCUUGCAGAAGCAAGCACUAAAUGGAAGUUGAUAUGUAUCCUUUCCAUUUAUGUAUUUAUGUUUUGUCAUAAAUUUAUAUAUGUUAAUAAUGCUGUACAUUAUUCUCUGUACAUGUACAUGCUGUAUAUAUCACUCUGUAGUGACAAAAAAUGGAAUACUUUCAAAUCUUCAUUAGUAUCAAAUAUAUAUACAUACACAAACAUAUAUAUGUAUGUACAUAUAUUUAUUUUGUUUGCUUUUUUCCCCCGAGACAGGGUCACUCAGGCUGGAUUGCAGUGGUGUGAUCUUAGCUCUCUGCAGCCUUGAACUCCUGGGCUCAAGGGAUCGUCCUCCUUAGCCUCCUGAGUAGCUGGGAUUACAGUCACUGUAUAUAUGCCUUAUUUCCUGGGUCCACGGGAAGCAUGAGUCUGUUGGGACUUGGGACAAGAAGAAAACAAGACAUCUUCACAAGGAAAACCAAGUACUAAAAAAAGUAUCCUCCCAACUCUGAAGAGAUAGAACACAAACAUGGCCGACAGUGGACUCAGGGAACCUCAAGAGGACUCUCAAAAGGAUUUGGAAAAUGAUCCAUCAAUAAAUUCUCAGGCGCAGGAGACCACAAUCAUAGCAAGUAAUGCCAAAGAAGCUCAGAUCCUGCACUCUGCCUGUGGUCUUAGCAAAGACCACCAAGGGAUAGAGACAAUAGGUCCAGAAAGUGCAGAUACAGGUGAUAAAUCAGAAAGUCCAGAUGAAGCAAAUGUGGGGAAACAUCCAAAGGAUAAAAUAGAAGAUGAGAACAAGCAGAGUUUUCUGGAUGGCGGAAAAGGGCAUCACCUCCCUUCAGAAAAUGUGGGUGAAGAACCCUUGGAUCCAGAUCCCAGCCAUUCUCCAAGUGACAAGGUAGGAAGAGCAGAUGCACACUUAGGGAGCAGCUCUGUGGCCCUCCCUAAGGAGGCGAGUGAUGGAACUGGAGCAUCUCAGGAACCACCUGCUACAGACUCCCAGGAGGCCCAGAGUCCUGGUCAUUCCAGUGCAGGGCAAGAGGGUGAGGAUACACUGAGGAGGCGACUGCUGGCCCCAGAGGCUGGAAGUCAUCCACAACAAACACAAAAGUUGGAAGAAAUUAAAGAGAAUGCACAGGACACCAUGAGACAGAUUAAUGAAAAGAGUUUUUGGAGCCAUGGCCCUAUCUUUCUUUUCUUCCUGGUUGUGGUUGUUGUGGCUGUUGUGGCAAGUUCUGUGAAUAGCUACUAUUCCUCUCCAGCCCAGCAAGUGCCCAAAAAUCCAGCUUUGGAGGCCUUUUUGGCCCAGUUUAGCCAAUUGAAAGAUAAAUUUCCAGGCCAGAGUUCCUUCCUGUGGCAGAGAGGACGGAAGUUUCUCCAGAAGCACCUCAAUGCUUCCAACCCCACUGAGCCAGCCACCAUCAUAUUUACAGCAGCUCGGGAGGGAAGAGAGACCCUGAAGUGCCUGAGCCACCAUGUUGCAGAUGCCUACACCUCUUCCCAGAAAGUCUCUCCCAUUCAGAUUGAUGGGGCUGGAAGGACCUGGCAGGACAGUGACACGGUCAAGCUGUUGGUUGACCUGGAGCUGAGCUAUGGGUUUGAGAAUGGCCAGAAGGCUGCUGUGGUACACCACUUCGAAUCCUUCCCUGCUGGCUCCACUUUGAUCUUCUACAAGUAUUGUGAUCAUGAGAAUGCUGCCUUUAAAGAUGUAGCCCUGGUCCUGACUGUUCUGCUAGAGGAGGAAACAUUAGAAGCAAGUGUAGGCCCAAGGGAAACUGAAGAAAAAGUGAGAGACUUACUCUGGGCCAAGUUUACCAACUCUGACACUCCCAGCUCCUUCAACCACAUGGACUCAGACAAAUUGAGUGGGCUGUGGAGCAGAAUUUCACACCUGGUACUGCCAGUCCAGCCAGUGAAGAGCAUAGAAGAACAGGGGUGCCUUUUCUAAAGCUAAGCACACAGUUGAUUACAGAAGGUAUAUGUUUAUGAAAAAGUUUGUUUAAAGCCUUCCAUUUAUAUGGAAGGAGGUUGAUAAAAUAGGUUGAGGAAAUAGCCUGAAAAACAAAGAUGAGCUUAUUUUAGAAACAAGUUUUUAUUUUUUAUUCCUUGUAAAAUCUUUCUAAUCUAAGCCUUGACAAAGCUAAAAAUUAACCUGACUUUUUUUCUUUGGACCAAAUCAGGUUUGAAAUAUGGAUGAUAUAUAUGAGAAUUUUUUUUUAAAUUCUAAAAUAUAGCAACACUGCACAGGAAGAUACUCUUACUUCUUAGAGUAACUACAGAGUGAUUUUUUUUUUCUUGAGUGAGACUCUGAAGAGCCUUUUCAAUAGUGUUUGGACUUGGACUAAAGCAGUUAGAAUUAUGAAGCAAUGAUAACCUUUAGAAAAUUUUUCUGUCACAUGUUGAAUAUUUUCAAACCUCACUUUAAUAAUCUAAAGUUACGGGAUUAUAUCAUAUUAGUUUUGCAGUUUUGAGUAGUAUGAUAAAAGACAUAAGAAUUCAAACCAUUAAGUACCUACCUAAAUACUACAUGUAAGGCACUGUGCUUUUAUUCCAUUCAGCUGAGGUAUAAGCAGCUGUACUCAAACGUUCUUAAAAAUGAGAACCAAUGGGGAAAUUGUUUAUAAUCAUUGGAAAUGAAGAAAUUCCAAUUGGCUAUAUCUUUACUUCAGCUUUUCUUGAACGAUUUACAGCAGUGAUUGUCAAACUGUGUCUACUGGCACCGUUCCCCUUGGUAUCAGAGCAGUUCUGCUUUUAACUGUUUUAUAUGUUGGGGUUCUCUGAGAUUUCACUGGAACAAAGAGUUUCACUGAUAUUCGAGUUUGAACACCAUUGAUUAAGUGAAAAAACAUCUUAGAAGAUAGGAAAUAUGUUUAAAAAAUGAAUGUAUUGAAUCUUAUGAGUAGGAAGAUGAAAUACAGGUUUAUUGUAUAGAUACAUUAUUUAUGAAGGAUAAAGAUCUAUACAUGAACAGCAGAAUGUAUAAGCUAGCAUUUACUAGCAUGUCUCUGAUGCUUUUGUUCAUUUCCGUUAAUUGUCAUUUCUGUCCCCUCUGCAUGGAAUUUUAUACUUGUCUAGGGUAAGAGUUUGUAGACUCUUUCAGCAGAACAGAUUUUAAUAACCAAUUUAUUUGUUUUAUUUUAAAAAUUUAUUUUUGAAUAACCAAUUUAAUAGUAAUUUUAUAUGAACACUUGGCAUAACUUUACCAAACAGUUUAUUUCUGUGCAGUGAUGGAACAUUAUGUAAUGCAGCUCAUUCCUUGACCAACUAGUUAUAGAAGUACCAUUAGAUUAAAAAUUAGAGAAAUCCAAGAGAUGUUAUACUUAGUGAGAGGAAGCAGAAAUGGUGGGUAGAUACUCAGAGGUUUUGAUGUUCAGUACUGACUGUUGGACCAUGUUCUGUGAUUAUAAGAAAGAUUGAAAACAGUUUGUAUGGAGAUAGUAGUUGAUUAGCAUUUGAGCUCUGAAAGCAGAACUCUAGUAAAAUGAUCUCGACCUAACAAAGGGUCUGUUCCAUUAUAUAGACUAUUACCAUAAUCCUGGAUUGUUUCAACUGGGUUUUGGCCUCUCGUUAUAUGAGAUCAUAUGUAUCUAUCUAAGAAGUCUGAUUAAAGUAUGGAAAGAUUUUAGGAAACACUAAGAAGAUACAGGGAUCUUCAUUGAUACCUGAAAAGAUUACAAUUGAGUAAUUGCUCAAUUUGAGUGUAGGGGCUUACCUGAAGGAAGAAUUUGCAUUUGGGACUUCAAAGGAAUCUUCCAAGAGAUUUGGGAAAAGACCUGAACAAAAAGUUAAAGCAUGCUGAAUGUAAUAUCCCUGUCAAUCCAGUAUAAAAGCAGAGGAAAUUGAAGGAAAAUCUGUAUACCAUAUGCACAAUUUUUCUGUCGUUUUAGAUCUUAGAUGCUAGCGUUACAUCCACAAAACCAGUGUUGCCUUGUAUAACUAUUAUAUUGGCCUGCUGACCUGUGCUACCUCAGAUCUGUAAAGGAACCAGUAUGACGCAUAUUCUUGUUUCUUCAUUUAGUUGAAUAUGGUUUUUCAUCAUUUCCUUUCAAAAUAAUUUAGAAAAAUAAAUUUCUAAAGUCAUAAUUUUUUUUAUUUAGCCUUUUUAAAAACAUUUUUCCUUCCAUGUAUAGUGCAGUCAAUUGAGAGUGUUGUCAGUUUUCUGUCCACUAUUUCAAAAGUCUUUUUUUUUGAAAUGGAGUCUCACUCUGAUUCCCAGGCUGGAGUGCAGUGGCUUGAUCAUAGCUCACUGUAGCUUUAAACUCCUGGGCUCAAGCAGUCCUCCCACCUUAGCCUUCUGAGUAGCUGGGACUACAAGUGCAGACUACCACACCACUCUACCACACUAUUUUUUAUAGAGACAGGGUCUUACUGGGUUGCCCAAGCUGGUCUUGAACUCCUGGCCUUAAGUGAUCCUCCCACCUCAGCCUCCCAAAGUGUUUGGAUUACAGAUGUGACCCAAUGCACCCAACCAAACUGUUUUUUUUUUUUUUUUUUUUUUUUUUUUUUUUUUUUUUUUGAGAGAAGGUCUUGCUCUGUCACCCAGGCUGAAAUGCAGUGCAGUGGCGCAAUCUCACUUCACUGUAACCUGCGCCUCCUGGGUUCAAGUGAUUCUUGUGCCUCAGCCUCCCAAGUAGCUGGGAUUACAGGCACGCACCACAAUGCCCAGCUAAUUUUUGUAUUUUUAAUAGAGAUGAGGUUUUGCUAUAUUGUCCAGGUUGGUUUCAAACUCCUGGCCUCAAUUGAUCCGCCUGCCUUGGUCUUUCAAAGUGCUAGGAUUAUAGGCGUGAGCCACCGCACCUGGCCUCAAAAAUCAUUUUUAAAAGAAGCAGUAUAUUAGCUCUGGGUCUUCUCAUGACUAAAAUGACUAUUUUUAAACAUAAGACUAUAUUUUAUAAAUGUACAGAUAAUUCAAAUCUAUUAUCUAAUGUAUUUUCUUAGAUUAAUUUCUAUUUGUUCUAUACUUUUUUUUUUUUUUUUUUGAGAUGGAGUCUUGCUCUGUCGCCCAGGUUGGAGUGCAGUGGUGCAAUCUCAGCUCACUGCUCCGCCUCCUGGGUUCAUGCCAUUCUCCUGCCUUGGCCUUCCAAGUAGCUGGGACUACAGGUGCCCGCCACGACGCCUGGCUAAUUUUUUUUUUAAAUAAUUUUAGUAGAGACAGGGUUUCAACAUGUUAGCCAGGAUGGUCUCGAUCUCCUGACCUCGUGAUCCGCCCGCUUUGGCCUCCCAAAGUGUUGGGAUUACAGGCGUGAGCCACCGCGCCUGGCCUAUUUACAUUUUUUAAGGUUUCAGAUUUUCUUUUGUGUGUCUAGUAAUUCAUCUUUUAUUGUCAUAGAUAAUUUGCUUAUUUGACUUAGAAAAAUGAUUUGUGGGCAUACAAUAUCAUACAUACCUAAACACUGCCAUUUAGUUACUCUUACAGAACAACUUUCAUUACACUGUAUAUUAAUAUAAAUUACUUCUUGAGUAAUCCCAGAAUUGUAGAACCAGUUGGUGGAAUCAGAAACUGUCUUUGGACUUGAGGUUUUUCUUCCCUUAGGGUAAAUUUUAGGUUUUCUGGUUAGUUUCCAGGAGUUGGCAGAGAAGUUCAUAUCACUAAAGGUGUUCAUAUCACUAAAAUAGUAAUGCUAAUUUGUUUCAUAUUUCUACUUUAAAAAGCAAUCAAUAAAGAAAUUUCAAUACAUUUCAUUUGGAAGCCCCCAAGUUUAUGGUGGUUAGUGAGGCUCAGCAUGCUGGUAACCCACCAUUCUCUCAGCUAAUGACUCCACUAAGUAGUGCUAGCCGCUGAGAUGGUUUUGACCCUUUAACAGCCUUUUUUUUUUUUUUUGAGACAGAGUUUCACUCUUGUUAUCCAGGUUGGAGUGCAAUGGUGCGAUAUUUCGGCUCACUGCAACCACUGCCUCCCAGGUUCAAGCGAUUCUCCUGCCUCAGCCUGCCAAGUAGCUGGAUUAUAGGCACCUGCCAUCACGCCCAGCUAAUUUUUGUAUUUUUGGUAGAGACGGGAUUUCCCCAUGUUGACCAGGCUGGUCUCGAACUCCUGACCUCAAGUGAUCCACCCGUCUUGGCCUCCCAAAGUGCUGGCAUUACAGGUGUGAGCUACCGCAACUGGCUUAAACAGCUUUUAAUUGCUUGAUUUAUACUUUAUUAUAAAGACAGGAAGCACAAUGAGCAGUGAUAUUAAAAUAUAACAAAUAUGGCAUGUGAAAGUGAUCAUUAUUCAGAUGAUCUUCACCAGCACUGCAUUUGCAUAUAUCUGACCAAACUUUAUGUGACAUAGGCAGGUCUCUGGCACUUCAAAAAUGAAUGUUAAAUAGAAAAUAAUAAAUAAUAGCUGAUUAGGGUAAUCAUUUAUUUAAUCGGAAUAAAGAUUAUAUCCAUAAAAUUUACUUGCAGAGAAGUACUUUCUUUUUGUUUUAAAGACAGGGUCUCACUCUGUCACCCAAGCUGUGGUGCAGUGGCACAAUCACAGCUCACUGCAGCCUGGACCUCCUGGCCUCAAGGGGAUGAUCCUCCUACUUCAGGGAUUACACCGCCAUGCCCAGCUAGUUGAGAAGUACUUUCAAAUAACAACAUGAAGCUUUUCCUUUAUCUUUUGAAAAUAAAACAUAGUUGUAAACAUAAACCAGUAUGUCUUUGUAAAGCCAAUAAUAUAUCAUUUUAUAGGAGCAUUGUCCUCUUGUGUUUUUCAAGUUGACUAGUUCAAUGUCAGUCUCCAUUUUAAUAUCUUGUUUAUCAGUCUGAGCACAUUUCAUUUUAAAAUGUAUUUGUUGAGAAGUCAUGGUGGUUUUUUGUUUUUCACAAGUCAAGUAGCUUGAACACUAUCACUUGUCCAAUGGGAAAGUUGAUGCUUAUCUUUAUGGCAAAUGCUUGGUUGAAUAAUAUAUUUGCAAAGAUGUUAAUUCUAGAGAGAGCUAAAUAAAGUUAAGGUAUCUGUAAAACAGUUUCUCCAGAUGACUUAAAAAUAAGCCUUAUUUUUGUAAAUUUAUGUUAAAUUUUAGGUGUUAAGUUGUGAAAUACCUAAUGAUGUGGGCCUAAAUUUGCCUCAUUCAGACUGAGAUGGGGCUGUUAAAAUUGAUUUCUAGCUAAUAAACUGUGCUAUAACUUUUA